AUGGGUCCAGGAUAUGGGCAACAAUCUGCAGCCAUGAGAUCACAGUCAAAUGCUUCGAUAGGAAGGUCGAUCUUGCAACGUCUUGUGGGAAAUAAUGUUGAUCCGGAAGCGAUCUUCAGUGCUGCUCUUCGACAAAUGCCACAAGUACCUGGAUUUCCUUCUAUAAGUCAGUUUACGAUCUAUAAUCUUUUUGAAAUCGUACUACUGUGGUAUUUAGUUCAUCGUCCUGACGCAGGACCACAUGCCACGGUCUUUCGUCCCGAACUCUUCAAAACUACAAUGGAGGCCUAUGCUACAGCAGCAGCACAGUGUGGUUCGGAUAUAUUUGGAGCUUUUCGUGAGUGUUUCAAUCUCAUUGUGUAA